AUGUUUCGCGCCCGCCGCUACCGCGUCCUGCUCGUAUUUGCCGCUGUCGUGGUCUUGACGACUUUUCACUUCUCACGAUCUCGGGAUUGGAGACAGACUGCAAUCAUUGACACAUCCAAGGGAGGUCAAUCGGCGCCUGCUCCGAAUCCGUAUCCGCCCAAACCACCGACUCCCGUGGGCGAUACUAGCAAGUCUCAAUCACCGCCGGUACCAAACCACAACUCCCAGGAUACCCCUCCAUCCAAUGACCUGAAAUUAGGCCAGGGUGCAGGAAUCACGACGGAUGAGAAAAACACCGGGGAGAAGGUUGGCUUUGCAUCGGGAUCCGGAUCGACCGCCUCCAACGAUGCCGCCCUGAAGCUAUCAGAAAGCGGGGUCGCAGACAGUUCCAAGAAAGGCGGCAGUGAGAGCAAGGCCACUACUGUGAUCACAGGGGAUGCCAAAACGGGAACCGAAGAGAUUGACCGUGGCGGCGCCGGUCGACUCACGGUCCAGGAACACCCCGAUGGCCCUGCGGUGCACUGGAUACAGACCCCUGAACGGUUCCCUGUGGCGGCCGCUGAGAUGAUCAAAUUACCCACCGGUCCAGCUAAAUCAUUACCCACCCUACAGGCGAAAUUCAAGGAUGAGUCCAGCACGGCGAGACAGGAGCGUCUGCAGCGGCUCAGCGCCAUCAAGGCGGAAUUCAACCAUGCCUGGGCCGGGUACAAGAAAACGGCAAUGGGUCACGAUGAGGUCAAACCGCUCUCGGAGAGCUUCGAUGACCCCUUCAAUGGCUGGGGAGCAACACUGGUUGACUCGCUGGAUACCCUGUGGAUCAUGGAGUUGAAGGACGAAUUCUCGGACGCUGUAGACGCAGUGAAAAAGAUCGACUUCACAACCUCGCCGCGGGAAGAUAUUCCAGUAUUUGAGACGGUCAUUCGGUACCUCGGUGGUCUUCUGGGAGCGUACGACAUCUCUGCUCACAGAUAUGGAGGCUUGCUGGAGAAAGCCGAAGAAUUGGCGGAGCUUCUCAUGGGCGCAUUCGAUACGCCCAAUCGGAUGCCAGUGCUUUACUAUCGAUGGACCCCCGAAUACACCAAACUCGCCCAUCGGGCGUCAAGUAAGGCGGUUCUGGCUGAGCUUGGUUCCCUCUCAUUGGAGUUCACUCGCCUCGCUCAGUUGACCAAGAAGGAUAUUUAUUACGAUGCGAUUGCGCGUAUCACCAACAGACUGGAGGAACUCCAAGACAAAACCAGCAUUCCGGGCCUCUGGCCGCUUUUGGUGAAUGCACAAGGGUGCACCAAGUAUCGACCUGCCCGAGAUACCGAAGGCUUGAGCCCCGAUGACGCUGAAGAUGCGUCCGUUCCCCACGACAGCCCGUCGCCGAUGUCGAAGAAAGCUCGACCGACACCUUCCUCUUCCCGCAUAGCGUACCCUGCUCCCACCACUUUUCAACCCCAUGCGCAAAUGAUUCAACGUCGGGCAGACAUUGAUCUCUCGCAAGCUGAACCGGCAGCUUACAAGCAAGGCGGAGACGGUCAAGUUAGCAGUGUCCCGGACAGGUCCAGCACUGAAAGUGCGACACAGGAUGUCGAAAAGUGUGACGGGGGCCUGGAGCUUCCGCCUACCAAUCGACAGAACAAGUACAGCCUCGGCGGGAUGGCCGACUCUACAUACGAGUAUCUUCCCAAAGAGUACUUGCUCCUUGGUGGCGUCAAUGACCAGUAUAGAAAGAUGUACAAGAAGGCCAUGGAUGCGGUACGCAAGAAUUUGCUCUUUAGGCCGAUGAUCAAAGGCCAGCAGCACUUGCGUUUCGUGGCGAGUACCGGCCCCCUCGAUCCGACAAAGAAGCAGGAGCUCAUCUCGACCGAUCUGGAUUAUGAGACCGGUCACUUAAGCUGCUUCCUGGGUGGAAUGGUGGCCAUCGGUGCAAAGAUUUUUAGCAUUGAUGGUGACUUGGACCUCGCGGCCAAGCUCACUGACGGCUGCGUCUGGGCGUACGAGGCCACAAACACCGGCAUCAUGCCCGAACGGUUCCGAUUGCUCCCUUGCAGUAAGGACAAGUCAUGCGAAUGGGACGAGAAGCUCUACCAGGCCGAGGUGAACCGCCACUCGCGUGGCCUGGACAAAGGAGCGGAAACGCGGUUCCGUAAUGGCGAGAGCACGUACGGUCAACGCGUGAAGUUGAACAACGAUCUCAAGUCCAAGGAAGCAGGCGAAGCAGGAAUUGGUGUUCCAUUGCCCAUGCCUGGCUCCGCCAAUCCACAUGACCUGGAUCCUUACAGGAAGCGUGAUGCUGUUGGAGCUGGACGUGGUGUGGGAGCGCCAGUAGCCAACCCAGUGCCCCCAUCCAACGCAGCACCAGGCGCCAACCGUGCUGCGCCUCGUCCGGCAUUCGUGUCUCAGUCGAAAAGCAACGAGCUCCAUGACCGUUUGCCGUCUGGCAUGACCAGCAUCUCCGCCCCCGAAUAUUUCCUGCGACCGGAAGCUAUUGAGUCUAUCUUCAUCAUGUAUCGACUGACUGGUGAUGAGACCUGGCGGGAGAAGGGUUGGAAGAUGUUUGAGGCGAUCGCAAAGCACACUCGCACGAAUUUGGCGCACGCGGGUAUCAAGGAUGUCACGGCGUCCAAACCCGCUCAGAAGGAUUCCAUGGAAUCCUUCUGGACUGCCGAAACGCUCAAAUACUUCUAUCUCCUUUUCAGUGAACCCAGUGUGGUGGAUCUGGAUAAAUACGUACUGUGA